CCGCUCCGCCUCCUUUGGAGCAACCAGACCAAACAUGUACAUUUCACCUUCUUUCUUUCUCCCUUGAUUUUUCCCUCUCUUUCUUUUGCAAGUUGUUCUUCAUCAAAAUGGCGGUGAUGGGGAUCCAGCUGGUCGUCUCUCUCCUUGUGGCCAGCGUCAUGCAGAAAAUGGCUCCUCACUGGUCCUUUGCCCGAUGGCUGCUUUGCAAUGGAAGCUUGUAUCGAUACAAGCAUCCGUCUGAAGAGGAGCUCCUCGCCUUGGCGGGCAAGCAGAAGCCAAAGGGCAAACGGGACCGGAGGAUGAAUGGCGUGACGGACGAAAAGCCUUCCUCAGUGCCUCGAGACAUUGAUCUGCAUCUAGAGAGCAGCCCCAUCAUGGCUGUGGAUGCACUGGUUCUAUCUUAUUUCCUGGAGUAUCAGUGGUACGUGGAUUUUGCCGCCUACUCUGUCCUGGUUUACCUUUUCACCGAAGGCUAUUAUUGCUUUGUGGAUCCGAGGAAAGAAGCCAACAUUGGGAUCCUGUGGUGCUUGCUGACAGUCUUCUUCUCCGUCAAAAUCUUCUUCAUGGUGAUGCGGCACUACUUCCGCUCCAAGGAAGGCGGGGAGCGCUCUGUGUGCCUGGCCUUCGCCUUCUUCUUCCUCUUGAUCGCCAUGAUCAUCCUAGUCAUCCGCGAAGAUUACCUCGAGUUUGGCCUCGAGGCAGGGUUGACAGAAGUCAGUGACCGGCUGGAAGUCUUCCUACAAGAACAAGGCUGGGAAUGGACGAUCCCUGUGAGCAAGCUGACCUUCAAACUGGCGCUGGUAGGCGCCUGUUCCUUCCUCGGCGGCUGUUUGACUUUCCCCGGAUUGCGACUGGCACAGACUCACCUGGACUCCCUUAAGAUGACUGCUGACUGUCCGGCAAUCCAGCUCCUCCUCCACGCCAGCUUCCUUGCGCCUGUGAUCGUGGUCUUCAUGUGGAUCAAGCCAGUCUCCCGGGAUCUCCUCUUGCGUGCCCCGAUGGGGAAGGAGACCGUCCAGAUCAUGUCUGAUGCCACUUACGACUCGGUGCGACUCUGGACCGUUGUGGGGCUGUGCGUCCUGAGGCUGGCUGUCACUCGAAUUCACCUCCAAGCCUACCUGAACCUGGCCGACCGAUGGGUGGACCAGAUGAAGCGGGAAGCUGGGCGGAUUCCUGUCCUGGAGAUCCAGCGGAAGAUCACCCGAAUCUACUGCUACGUAACGGUGGUCAGCUUGCAGUAUUUGGCCCCAAUCAUCCUCACCUUGCAUUGCACUUUCAUCCUCAAGACUCUGGGUGAAUACUCCUGGGGUUUGUACCCUGAAGCAGACUUUGCCCCCGAGCCAGUCUCAACCCCUCGACCUGCUUCUGUGGACAAAACCGGGGCGGAUGAGGUCCAGGUCACAGUGGCACAAAUCACCGGGACUCUCGGUACUUUGGGAUCCGUCUUGACGCCGCUCUUCUACCGCGGGCUGUUCUCGUUCUUCGCUUGGUGGGUCUCUGCCUGCCAAGUCGUUGCCACGCUCUUCGGCCUCUACUUCCACCAGCACUUGGCCGCCUCCUAACUCCACCCAGUUCGGCCAACUCUUCUCUCCGCUGUUACAAAUCACGGGGACUUUGGAAUUUACCUGUGUUUGAACCGCUUGCCGCGAGUCCGGAUUUUGAGUGUGCUCCCACUUCAAUGCUGGCCGAGCCUUUCCUCUGCUUCUAUUCUAGAGAACUUUGUUGUUCUGCCUACAUUUUGGUGAAGCUCAGCUUAUAUUCAUUCUGUUUUCAUUCCAAAUUUCAAGUGAUCCACAUUCUGUUUUCGAGAAGAUUCUGGGAGAUUAGGAUGGGAACCGUUCAGAUUCAUAAUUCUGCAAUCCGGAGUUCAGUUUCCGUAAGAACCUUCCCAAAAACAGAAUGGAGUGGAGACUGGAUCUGAAAUUUGGAAGGAAAACGGAGAGAAAACAGAAAGGAUUUCUGCCAUUUCAAAACAAAAACAGAACGAAAACAGAAAGGAUUUCUGCCAUUUCAAAACAAAAACAGAACGAAAACAGAAUGGAUUUCUGCUGCUUCAGAACAAAAGCAGAGCAAAAACAAAAUGGAAUUUUGACAUUUCAAAAUGAAAACAGAAUGGAUUUCUGCCAUUUCAGAACGAAAGCAAGACAAAAACAGAAUGGAUUUCUGUUGUUUCAAAAUGAAAAUAGAACAAUCAGUUCUUGUGGGUUUUUUCGGGCUAUAUGGCCAUGUUCUAGAGGCAUUUCUCCUGACGUUUCGCCUGCAUCUAUGGCAAGCAUCCUCAGAGGUGAGGUCUGCUGGAACUGGGAAAAAAGGGGUUUAUAUAUCUGUGGAAUGACCAGGGUGAGACAAAGGGUUUUGGAAGUUGGGCUAGGUGUGAAUCUUUCAACUGACCACCUUGAUUAGCAUACAAUGGGCUGACUGUGCCUGGAGCAAACUCUUCUUGAAAGAUGAUUAGAUGUCCCUGCUUGUUUUUCUCUCUGCUGUUUUUGCUGAGCUGCUCAGCUGAAAAUAGAACAGAUUUCUGCUGUUUCAAAACGAAAACAGAAUGGAUUUCUGCCGUUUCGAAAGAAAACAGAACAGAUUUUUGCCAUUUCGAAACAAAAACAGGACUGAUUUCUGCCGUUUUGAAACGAAAACAGAACAGAUUUCUGCCAUUUCGAAAAGAAGAUGGAACAGAUCUCUGCUGUUUCGAAACAAAAACAGAAUGGAUUUCUGUUGUUUGAAAAUGAAAAUAGAACAGAUUUCUGCUGCUUCAAAACGAAAACAGAAUGGGUUUCUACCAUUUCAAAAUGAAAACAGAACAGAUUUCUGCCAUUUCGAAAAUAAAAUGGAACAGAUUUCUGUUGUAUUGAAA